ACAUUACAUUACAUUACAUUACAUUACAGGCAUUUAGCAGACGCUCUUAUCCAGAGCGACGUACAACAAGUGCAUUAGUUCAAGGUGCAGAGGUGCAAAAGAAACACACUAGAGUGAAGUAAAGAUCGUAGUGCCAGAAGUGACCACAUAGAUCAGGACUCCAACCCUGUAGAGUAACCUGUUCAGCAAACAACAAUCCUGCCAAGAUUUAUUCCUUAACAUCAUGGAAUAAUCUUUUUUUAUGACCACACCUCAGAAAUUCUUCAUCUUGAAUGCCUGGCAGCUGACUUGUCCUUCUACUGUCACAUGUCUUGUUUCUACUUUUCUUAUGUGUCGUAAUGCAUUUGUACAUGCAUGUUGCCACCAGGGACUUGUUUGGUAAAUUGCUUGAUGAAAAACACGUUGGUCAUUAUCAUUGUCUUAAAAAGAGAAUGUAUUGUAGGUCAGCUAAAUAAGUAAAAGUUCCCAUUUAACUGAAUUUUCAGUGUCAUAACUAACAGGAAUGCGUCGUAUUUCAGAAAUAUUUAGAACCAGGACUCAAAGGUGGCAAUAUAUUGUAAUAUAAUUAAAGGCAGUACUCUUUCAUUGCCAUCAUGUUUUAUGAAGUAACAGAUGAUUUUAAUGAAAGACUUAUUCCAUCAAAAUAAUUUCCUGAGGUACUGGCAUGAGGAAAUGGAAGUGGUUAGGUGACUUCUGUCAUGGGAUACUGCAGUGCAGCUUUUAUCAAUUCCUAGUAAGGGCGAGGCAGCAUCUACAUUAAGGACAACUUUUGUUUACUUUGGCUUCAGUUUAUGUGUAUCUGGUGGUUCUGUGAUAGCAGAUAUUGUGUACAGCAGUGUGUGACUUAGCCAGUGUGCAAAGCAAUGAAUUAGAUGUGUACCAAAUCUGAACUUUACUUGAUAAGUAAAACAUCUAUUCCUCAGCCAUCAUUAGCUCUCUAAUAAACCAUCUACCACGUGGCAAGCGAUGUAAAUCCACUGUGCCAGUAUCCGUAUGGUUGUGUGUUUCAUUCCCAGCUAGAGCACACUGUGUCAUGUAGCCAACAUUUUAGCUCAUCCUACAUCCUACAGUUCAUGCCUAUAAGUCUCACAUGAUUCAGCAUGAACACUUGGGGAUGAAUGAAAUACAUGCCAAGACUUAUGUUAUGUUGUCUUUCAUUUUCUUUAUCACUUAUGUGUAUGUGUCAACUCCAUGACUAAGAUAAUUAAAUACUUGUCAGACAGAGGAGUCAUAAGUUUCCUCACAACCCUGAAAUGGAUUUAGAUAUAAAAGUAUUUUCUCUUUUCAGUGAAACUGGAAUGAGCUAUCAAAACCCACUAACCAUGAGAAUAUUAUACGACAUUAGAAAAUGAUGUGCAAGUAAAAAAAUUUAAAAAAUCACGAUUCUGUAUCAAACUUUGAAAAACUGUGAAUUUUGAAUUCCAUUAUGAAAAACCAUUUUCUUGGCUCUGAUUAUUUCAAAUCCUGGAAUAAUUCACUGUUUGCCCUCUGAUGGCACGAAGUGGUUAUCACUUCUAUAGCCCACAUCGUAACUCUGCCAUUGACCAACACAUUAAACUGAAUGUACUGUCGCCUGCCUGCUUGGAGGCCUAAUUUAGCCCUCAUUUAGUGGUGGAGUAGUGCUAAUUAUUUUAUAUGAAACCAAAUUAGUUCAAUUUAAGACUAGCCUGUACCUAGGAGUAUUUUAAGCCAAGUCUGUAAAAGCCAAUUUUAGUUAGUCCAUCUAGGACUAAAAUGUUCAAUCUAGGACUUUUUUGAAGUCACUUGGUCGCUGUGCCUACUGAGUGUCAGAAAAUAAGAUGUGCCCCCCCCCCCCCCAUGUCCCUAGUUAUAAAACUGAAAAAAGAAGAGCAAUAAGUGGUUGACCAACGCUACAGUGUAACACGCCAAUAUUUCAGUAAUAAUUGUGAUAAACAUUUAUGACAUUUUAUGACCAUUAUAUAUAUAUAUGGUCAUAAAAUUCAAUUCAAUUCAAUUUUAUUUUUACAGAGAACUGUCACAAGGACACUUUACAGAGUGGCAAGGCAAGAGAUUAAAAAGAGCAAACAGUGCAAUCACCAAUCACCAGACCUGAACCCCCAAAUAGCAAGUACAUAAGGUAAAAAAAAAAAACUCCCCAAUGGGAAGAAAUCUCGAGAGGAACCCGGCUAUAGAGGGGGAACCCAUUCUCCACUUGCUAGCCUGGUGUAAAGUAGCAGACAGAAAAUAAAAUUGGUUAAGUAGGUUACAGCUGAGGUGAAGCUAAUAAGAAUAAUAGAAGACCAAAUGGUAUAAUUCAGAAUAGUGCAAUUUAGAGGGGCCGGAUGAUGGAUCUGGAGCUCCAGACAGCGUCAAGGCAUGGGCAGGGAAGGAACGGCUGAAGCAGUCCAUGACCGUGAAGCGAAGGACAGGACUGGAGUGAUCCUGUGGAUUCAGGGCGAGAAAACAGUUCCUGCUCCAUUCGAUUUGAAGUUGAGCUGCCACAAUUUUGAGACUGUUGUGUACUGGAACUACAAGAACGUCUCUCUGCGACCACGCUUCAGAGUUCAAAUCUUAAAGGACAUCAAUAAUGCAGACUCUGAGACAACUGAAACAUCGUUCCUUCGUCAGGACAUUUCAUCAUUUGUCACACACAUUUAUGACAGUUACUAUGUGAAUGUGUCUGCUAUGAAAGAAUCGGAGAUUUCAACAUCUGCUGUGUCACCACAAUUCUCCUACCGCAAGGACUUACCAGCAGAGGUUCGCUGUACAUUGGACUUCCCAAACGUGACCCUAUCAGUCAAAGAUGGACAGAUCACAUUUACUUUCUCUCACCCAUAUCAAGUCUACAAAGACACCCCAAUGGUGAAAAAGCUUAAUGGAUGUGAAGAAUGCAACAAGUUUAAGUACAGCGUUUCAUACAAUGAGACGGAUACAUAUAACUAUGAAUGCUUGGAGGAAGUAUGCAAAGAAACCUUUCACAUACCUGGAAAUAGUGACCAGCACUGCAUCAGCUUAUCUGGAACAGAGCUGAACAUAAACUCUGGAAGAAUAUGUCAAUGUGAGGAGACCCAGAUCAGUUGGAUAUAUUUCAUCUUCGUCUCUGUGUGCAUUGUGGUAGCCGGCGCUUUUGUGCUCAUCGUGAUUGGGGUGAUAGUAUUCAUGAUAACGACGAAGACCAUGCCAUCGCUCCCCAAGACCUUAGUCACUUUGGGCUUCAAGAAACACCCCGAGAACACCAUGAUGCCCAAGGACUAUAAUGGGCAGAUAGCUUGGCCCUUUAUCAGCCCCAAGACCCUAUUACUAAGCCCCAAGGAAGUGGUGCCUGCAGACAGUCCCAACUUAGCUGCACCUGAAGAGGGCUCACGGUUCCCCAUUGGCGAGGUGCACCUUGAGGAGUGGAGCAGCAACCAGGAGGCCACACAUCUCCUAGAUCUCAGGGAGCCCUGCCACAAAGUCUGCAGUGACCAGUCCAGACAAUGGGAAAUAACAAGGGAGGAGCCAGCAGAGGACUAUGGCGGCUCCCCACCCUAUGGAAACUUUUCGGGGUACGACCGGCCACAGGUGCUGGAGGUGGAGAUUAGCCCUGGGGACAUUGUACACGGAUACGGACCACGUGACCAUGACGAUCAAAUGGUCUUCUAAAAUGGUCUCAAUUUCCACUUCUAUGCAGAUGACACCCAAAUCUUUAUCAGCUCUACAUCCACUAAUCAGCCACCCACUGCUUUCAUUGAAAACUCCUGGUUGCAACACAAUUUUCAUUCUCAUCAGACCAAAACCCCAGCUCACAAAACUACACAACUUCUCCCUCACCAUUGACGGUACCCCAGUCUCCACCUCCCCCCUGGUCCGCAACCUUGGUUUCACCAUUUUUUCACCUGCGUAAUAUCUCCAGACUCAGACCUUCUCUCACCCAUCCAGAUGCAGAAAAACUCAUUCACGCCAUUAUUUCCAGCAGACUGGGCUACUGCAAUGCACUCCUCACUGGUCUUCUCUCCCACCUCCUACACAAACUGCAACUGGUUCAGAACUCGGCUGAAAGAAUACUCUCCUGCACAUCCUCCCAGUCGGUCUCACAUCACCCCUGUCUUGAAAGAUUUACACUGGCUCCCAAUCACAUCACGCAUCACAUUCAAACUCCUCAUAGUUUAUAAAUCACUAAAUGGCUUUGCACCCACUUACCUCUCUGACCUCCGUCUCCCCUACCAGCCACCCAGACAGUUACAAUCAUCCACUGCCGGCCUCCUCACCGCCAUCCCCUCUCAGCGUCGUGCUUUUGGUGACCGCGACUUCUCAGUUGCCGCCCCCAAACUCUGGAAUGUCCUCCCCCCUGACAUCCGUACCUCAGGCUCACUCACCUCCUUCAAAUCAAGCCUUAAAAGCGACCUCUUUUCCCUAGCCUUCCCUUGAUGUCUGUCUUCCCCCAACACCCCCUCCUUCCACCACUGCACCACUGGUCCUACUGCAUUUUCUGCAUUGUAUGUUUUUUAUUGUAUAUUUGUAUCUUUUUUUUGAUAAUUCAUGCAUUGUAAAGAGUCUUUGAGACUACGAAAAGUGCUAUAUAAAAUAAAUGUAUUAUUAUUAUUAUUAUUAUUAAAAUGACCAACAACUGUCCAGCUGUCCUUAUCACAUCAAUAAGGGAGAGUAACACUCAUAUUGACACGUGUACUGUGUUUGCCGUUGUUGUAUUCUACCUCGUUAACCUGAAGGAAUGAGAAAUACAACACCCUUUACUUGAAGAUCCUGGUGUAAAGUUUUUAAAUAUAUUGGGGAAUUAUGGAUCUGUUUUGACUUGCAGAUCAAAGUCAUGCAACUGCAUGAUUCUAGAUUAGGUUAAGCAAUUUGGAUCUGGGGUUAUCCCCAGGCAUUGAAAGCAAGCUCACUUGUAGCAUCCCGAGAAGCAGUCGGGAGCACAUUGAGGACAUGGCUAAAUGUUUUUUGUUUUUUUUUUCCCAACAAAGCAAAACGAUAGGUGUCAAAAUUUGGUUUUCAGUACUUUAUGAAUCUUACCUUUGCAAGGAUAGAACAACUCCAGUUGAAAUUCAGCAUUGGCACUUGGAAUUUAGCUGGAUGUUAUGACCUGAUGAGACCAAAACUGACCUGUCCGAACAGGCACACCAGCAGUGGGUUUGGUUUCAUAAGGCGGUGCUUACAUUGAAGGUUUGCAUGCAAUUAAACAGGUCCUGAUUAAAUAGCGUUUUGCAAUGACAACAAAAAAUGUACAGAUAUGGAAAUUAUUUUUGUUCCACUGUUAUUUAUGUGUUAAUACAUUUUCUUCUAAGGUUCCAUUAUAUUAAUUAUGAAAAUUAUGAAUUUAUGUCCUAUGUUCAACAGAAAUUCAAUUUUCUCAAAUUUAGCAUAAUUAUGGGAUAUAAUGAAACUUUCUGUAUUUUAAUUUGUCUCUUCGUGUACUCUUUUUGGAAAACUUGUAUUGUAAUAAUAAAAGAUUUAAUGUAGCAAUAA